CGGCCGUUUCCCUGGAAACCAGGUGGUCCAAACUUUCUCUUUACUGCUUAUGGCGAUUGAAAAAUGACUAAAGAUUAUUGUAAAUAUGACGUGGCGCGCCUGCGAAUUGAGCUGGGGCAAGAGCGAGAAAUCAAAGACAUGCUGGAGGAAUCCGUUCGGGACCUCCGGUGCACCAUGAGGGAACUUCAGGACAGGCUGCACAGCGUUGACGCGGAAGACAACGAAUGGAAGACCAGAUAUGAAACUCAGACCGAGCUCAACGUCCAGCUCCAAAGGCAGCUCUCACUUGUUCAUGAGAGGCUGGAAGACCUGCGGGGGAAUCCAGCGGAUCGACUGGCUUCUAUUCGACCCUAUGAUGACAUGUCGCCAGAGUUGCUGCGACAUCACCUUAAACUGCUCACCGACUGUAAGUCUGACCUUCAGAGUCAACUGGCCGACUGUCAAGUAAACAUCGAACACGAGGCCAAGGCGUUCCAUAAAACCAACGACGAGAGGCGAGCUUACCUGUCGGAAAUUGCCAAGUUGUCCUCCACUGUAGAAGCUCAGAGGAAGCAGUACUCCGUGCAGCCACAGGGGGCAUCAGAGAGCAAACUGAGAGUGAAACCGCCGAGCAGGAAGUCAGAGACUGACGGCAAGAAGGGAAAAGCCCGAGAGAGUGACGCCGUAGGAGAUGGCAAAGGAGAGAUGAAGAAAUCUCAGCUUGGGAGCAGGUUGCCCACCCUCAAGCAUCACGUCAAGCACUGACUGCUUUCUUCUUGUGGGCACGUUCGACUUCGACGUCAGACCUACUUGACUAAAAUGUUGCCAAAAAAAAAAAAAAAAAAAAAAAUGAAGC